AUGGUUGCAUCGACGCAACCAUUGGCAAACUCGGCAGGUUUAAAGAUACUCGGUAUGGGUGGGAAUUGUGUUGAUGCUGCAAUUGCGGUUUCUGCUGCAUUGUGUGUUACAGAACCAGGAUCAACUGGUAUCGGCGGCGACUCAUUUGCAUUGUUUCAUAGCAAGGGUAAAGUGUUUGGAUUGAAUGGUUGUGGUAGAGCAGCCAAAAAUGUUACCCCACAAGAUGUAUGGGAUGAGCAUAAUCAUGGGAAACCAAUGUCAAGAAUCCCUUACACUUCAGUGUUUUCCGUGACAGUUCCUGGUGCAAUCAGCGGCUGGUAUCAAGCCUACAGUAGAUGGGGUUCUGGAAAAGUUACAUUUAAGGAUAUUUUGCAACCGGCAAUUACUUUGGCCCGGGAUGGAUUCCCUGUAUCCGAGCUUGCAGCUCUUAGUUGGAGAAAUUCAGUCCCUAAAUUAAAGAGCCAGAAUCAGAAUGUGGCUGAGAACCCAUUUGUCCUUGAAGGUGGAAGAGGACCCAACGAGGGAGAGUUUGUCAAGAACUUGCCAUUUGCUAGAUGUCUUGAAUUGAUUGCCGAAGGGGGUGAAAAGGCAUUUUAUGAAGGGCCUAUUGCUGAGGCAAUUGUUGAAACCACAUCAAAGAGAAGCCACAAGCUCACAUUGGAUGAUUUGAAGAGCCACACUUCAACAAUUGUGGAGCCAAUCAAGUUGAGUUUUCAAGACCAUUCGGUGUGGGAGAUACCACCAAAUGGUCACGGAUUGGUUGCUUUAUUAGCCCUUGGCUUGAUUCAGGAAUUACACAAUGAAGGAAAGAUUAACUUGUAUGAGUUGAAGCAUAACUCAGCUGAGUACUUACACGUAUUGAUUGAAGCUUGUAAAUUGGGAUUCCACGAUUCUGAUGAAUACGUUACUGAUCCAACGUUUAAAGAUAUUCCAAUAAAGGAUUUAUUGCAUCAUGAAUAUUUGAAAACAAGAGCAAAAUUGUUUGAUCCAUCAAGAAUAAUUGAUGGUGAAACCAUGACCCAUGGUGUACCUGAUCCAAAAUACAAAUCAGACACUGUUUAUUUCUCAGUCACUGAUUCUAAUGGAGAUGCGUGCUCAUUUAUCAAUUCUGUUUAUGAAGGGUUUGGCUCGGGUAUUUUGGUUGAAAAGUUUGGAUUUUGUUUGCAAAACAGAGGUUGUAACUUUAACUUGACUCCCGGAUUGUCUAACUGUUUGGAAGGUGGGAAAAGACCAUACCAUACAAUUAUACCCGGUAUGAUUACAAACAGUGACGACUCAUUGUAUGCUGCAUUUGGUAAUAUGGGAGGUUUUGCUCAACCAGUUUGUCACGUACAACACGUUUUAAACAUGAUUGUAUUUGGAAUGACACCUCAACAGCUGCUCGACUCCCCGAGAUUUUCCUUGGACUCUGACCAUGAUCAUUUGAAGGAUAGAGGAAGAGGGGCCGAUGGUCCAGUUAGAACACCAAUCACCGUUGUCAAGAUUGAAGAAGGCGUUGGAGAGGAUGUCAUAAACCAGUUGCGAAGUUUGGGACACACUCUUGAUGUAUUGAGUGGAUACUCUCGACAAACAGUUGGUAGAGGACAGAUCAUCAAGAGCGAAUCAAAAGAUGGACAAUUGAUAUAUGCUGGUGGCAGUGAUAUGAGAGGAGAUGGAGCCGUAGUUCCAUUUGUGUAA